AUGGGUUUCACGGUUUCGAUUGACCCUGCCCACACAGUGGAUGCAACAGAUGACAGUGAUAAGUCUUCCUGGGAGGACGAAUCGCAAGACGACUGGGCUCAUGUACCUGAUGUGGAUCGUUCGCGCAACGUUUUCCCAUCAAAGCCGAGGGUUCACCAGACGAGAAGGCCCUCAAGAACUGGCCCGAAUAUAUCGAUCCAUGCCAGCAAAGACAUCGCCGUUCAGACAGAGAAGAUUCCUUACUUUGACGAGGUAGAUGUUUUAGGCACUGGUUACAAUGAUUUUACCGUGCAUCUCGACUUGGAAACCGGACUAGAUAUCAAUGCCGACAUCGAGCAGCUAUCCCGACUGAAUCAGUUGGGGCACUUUAAUGAAGCCAUCUCCUUGUUUCACGAGCGACUAGCCCGCCAUGUGGACUUUUUCCCGGUCACAGCAGAAUACGCUGAUCUGCUCCUAGAGCAAGGCAGUUUCGGAGAUGCGCAUGCAUUCUUAACUGCCCGCUUGCGUGACAUGGCCUCGACAUUUUCCGAGCUUGAGUUACGACUUUUAGGACUUCUCAAGUCCUUUGCGGAGAUUUAUACCAAGGGUGCUUUGAUACCAGCAUUACAAAUGACAAAACAGACUCUCGAGGCUCUCGAGCGCGAGUCCGAUGAGGAUCCAUCUUUUUUCAAAACGUCAAUAGGGCAGCAUAUUCAUCUAGUCGAGACAUGCUUGCGCAUAAUCAGUUAUGCAGCUAUACAUUCGAGUUUCCUAGGGAGUAGCGCAUAUUGGUCUCUGCUGCGAUGGGACUUCUCGUCUGGCAAAUUCAAAUUCCGCAAGGCUGGUUACUUUGAUAGCCCAACUAAAUUAAGCCCAGGGGAGACGCCCCCUGCAAUAUCUGGAGGAAUACGAAUGAAUCCUUAUGAUACUACUGGCCUUGAAAGGCCAUUCCCACGCCUAGGUGACUGGUAUUCCUUGUUGGUACAGGAAGGAUAUAUGUGGGAAUCGCACCGCCUGCUGCGUGUUGUCUUGCCACUGAUAGGAGACUCUACAUGUCACUUUCUGCCUGACAAGCUUUUUGAGAAGUUCUUUCACCUGAAGGAUGUGGCAGAGGCCAAAGGAUUAUUCUUACGGGAUGAGAUACUUUUCGAUGAAGACCGGCAGAUUUUGACAGAACUUGCAAAUGCGACUCUAAUCGCGGAGUUUUUGAACUCUCCCAAUGUCGACGAAUCGGUGAAAGCAACUCAGCGCUACUUUUUCGAGAAAGUCCGUUCUACUGCCGUGUUAAUCGCCUCUACAUAUCCGAAGCUACUUACUAGUAGGCCAUACCUGCAUUGGCUAUAUUUGGAGGAAGCCAAAGGCAUGGAGGAGAGCAAGAGACUCAACGCAUCAAGCAGUGAAAUAUUCUACUCGCUUACUUGGUCCCAGGAUGACAUUAGUGGCAUUCAAUCAUCCUUCUUUAGUGGUGGUGUGAGGCCUGCAAGUUUCGGUGAAGGGUCAGCACCAGCAGCAACCACGACUACUUCCUCUCUGGAGACCAGUUUAAGGAUCCUAAUUGCAGUGGCGAGGCAACAAGAAGACUACAAACUGCAGAUAAUCCUCCUUCAGGUGCUUCUGAAUAACUGCUCUACGAUGAGUGGGAAGCUCGAGGUUAUACGAAACAUGUCACACCUCAGCCGGGAUGUCAUGAAGGAUGCUGGAGGAUAUCUCCAGUGUUUAAUCGCCGAGUCGCGGUCCGUUAUUGAUCAUGAUCCCAACCCCAGAGACGACAGUGAUACGCGAAUGAGCCUCUACUCUCGAAUUACCGAGUUUAAUGAAGUGUAUCCCUCCCACUUUGACUUCAGGCCAGAAGAAAGGUUGCGCUCGCAACUGAUCUUAUUCGACAUCCCCAUCUUGGUUUGGCUAAAACAUCUGGCCAUGGAGCAACUGCUGAGAGGUAUGAGCCGGGAUACAGAGGCUGAAGUCUCGAGGGUUAGGCUACCCCAAAUUGAGCGGCAUCUGCCAUAUCAUGUGUCUUCUCGCCUGGGUGCAACGCACUUCCGUUGCACGGGUUGCGUGGACUGCAACGGAGAUACCUAUUCAUCUUCCUAUUAUCCAUACGAGUACCCUACACAUGGAGGCAAUCCAUAUGUUCAAAACUCCUACUAUACUCACCCAAGGGCUCGCUCGAUACAUCCGUAUUUUGCGAAUCCACCUGGCACUCACAACCAUGCUGCUGGUUGGCGUACUACUCGUCGGGGUGUUCGUUAUUUCUCUCCAGCUUCCCCCUCCGAGUCAGCUUCUUCUGGGCCUGCAUCCCCUCGGCGUGGUGCUUCCCUCCAUGCCUCUCGUCCUUCCUCGCCACCAUCGGGAUUGCGUAGUCGUGCUAUCGGGCAUGAGAGACAUCGAUACCACACCGCGGAGGAUGAUGCAGCGUGGGACGUGGAAGAAUAUAUUCGAACCUCACGAGGACCUGAACGCGGGCGGCAACCAAAGAAGAGUUCAGAAAGGAGGUCCAAAGGGACAACUGUGGGGGGUGAUUCGAAAAUUGAAAAGGACCUUGGUGAAGUCAAGGCAGAUGCCACUCAUCAACAAGAUGAAAAGAACAGUGAUGGGAAACACGAUGAUGUUGGGCCAAAAUAG